GACAAGUGAAUCAACAAGGAAUCGCUCUGGGCGUGCGCGAGGCAGUCAAGUCUUUGUCUUUUGAUUACAAAUAGACCCCACCUUCGCUCGCUGGCUAUAUAGAUGAGCACUCUCGCACCUAAAGCGAACAGUGCCACCGACUCCACCACCACCCGUCUUCAAGACCCCCCGUCCUCCAAGCUGACUCCGCUGUUCAUUGCUGCCGUUUUAGUCUGUGUGUCGUCAGUCGUUCUCGCGUUGUUCGCCCGCGGCCCUCUUUCUUCGCUAUUUCGCACUGCGGCGCCAGGUGCCUCAUCUCCUGCUUCUAUCGCGUCAACCACUAUUCGCAAGUCAGUCGCUACUCCGCUAUCAUUGAUGGCUAGCUCAGAUUCAGCUCUCCCAGACAACUCCGCUGCUCAAAACCGUACCCCGGUGUACUUUUUCUCUCAUGGCGGUCCGACGUUUAUGUACUCGGACAAAGACUCUGAUGGCGGGGACCUCGGUGCUUUCAACACGCUUCGCAAGAUCGGCAAGGAGAUUGUCGAGAAAGUGAAGCCCAAAGCAGUCGUUGUGUUUUCAGCUCAUUGGCAGUCGUCGAAAGAUACUAUAGAGGUCAACUCCGCCGAGAUCACCGAUCUGAUCUACGACUUUUACGGCUUCCCGUCGUACAUGUAUAAGGAGGAGUAUCCCAACGUCGGCAGUCAAUCAGUCGCUCAGAAGGUUAUCAACCAGUUGCAAGCCUCCGGUAUCAAGGCAAAGGCUGUCAAUCGUGGUCUUGAUCAUGGUGUCUGGGUUCCAUUCAAAGUCGCAUUUCCACCUGAGACAAACCCAUUGAAGGUUCCGGUGAUCCAGGUGUCGCUGUUCAAGACUGAAGAUCCCAAUCAGCAUGUCGCGCUCGGUAAAGCGCUAGCUCCUUUGAGGGACGAGAACAUCCUCAUCAUUGGCUCUGGAAUGACAGUCCACAAUCUUCGCGAGAUGGGAUAUUACUGGGGUAGCGUUGCGCCAUACGCCAAAAAGUUCGACACAAUGGUCGAGAAUGCCGUCGAAUACACAGGCGAGCAGAGAGAAAAUGCUCUGGCGGGUCUUAUCAAGACUUCGGAGGCCAAUAAGGCACAUCCCACGAAGGAGCACCUGCUACCAAUCUACAUUGCUGCCGGUGCAGCCUACAACGAGAAGGGCACUCUACUAUACACCAGUCAGACAUCGUCACUUGCAUGGGGUGAAUAUCGCUUCGGAGCCGCUCCCAAGAACUAGUAUUCAAUCAGGCCUCUUUUGAUAUAUCUGGCGCUUGAUGAAAUAAAUAAUUGACAACUAUGCAUCCAUGAGUAUGGCGUAUAUUAAAUGAACAAAGAAAUGAACCUUUGCAAUCAAAUCCUCAUAGCUCACAGCUACAAUGAGAAUAUCGUUAUCCUCC